GAGAGAGAGAGGAGAGGAGGAAGAGGAAGAAGGAGAGUGGAUGGCAGUGAAUGAAUGAAAAAGCGGGAGAGGAAAAAAAUAAAAACAAGACAAAACAAAACAAAAAUAUAACUAUAACUAUUCCCCUCUCACAAAACGAUGACCUGUUUCGCUGGUGUCAAGGGGCGUGACCUCCUCCCCGGUGCCAGUGCCAUGUCAGGAGUGGCAAAGGGAGGCAGGCACUCAAACAAACACGAGGCGAGAACUGGCUGUCUGUCUGGUCUGCGCUCCGUGGUGGUGGUGGUGGUGGCGGCGCUGAGUGUGGCGGGCUGUGUACAGAGAGGGGCGUGUGUCCCUAGUGGUGGCAGGGAGAAGAGAGACAUUAUUGAUGACAGAGUGCAAAGAUACCUCAUGCAGUAUGGCUACCUACCCGCCUCUGACAUGGAGACGGGGAACCUGCGAACCGAGAGUCAACUGAGGGAGGCCAUCAAAACUAUGCAGCGCUUCGGCCACAUCCCCAUGACGGGCGAGAUGGACGAGGCGACGAGGAAGCUGCUGAGGACCCCACGCUGCUCCCUGCCCGACGUGAUGCCCGGGGAGGGAGACGACCUCAGGCGCCGCGUCAGGAGAUUCGUGAAGCAGGGGAAGAAGUGGGACAAGCUCAACCUGACGUGGGGCGUGCGGAAGUAUCCUACCAAGAUGCGGGAGAAAACAGGGGAUCCCGAGGAUAUGUACGGCUGGGAGAUACAGAGAGAAUUCAGACUCGCUACAGAGGUGUGGAGCCGCGUGUCACGUCUGGAGUUCACGGAGCUGGAACACAACCCCGAGGACGCUGACAUCGUUAUUGACUUCAACACGGGCUACCAUGGGGACGGCUACCCCUUCGAUGGAAAGGGGCGCACUCUGGCCCACGCGUUCUACCCCGGGCACGGCAUCGGGGGAGACAUGCAUUUUGAUGACGAUGAGCCGUGGGUGCAGCAUCAAAACGUAGUAGAUGAUACCUGGGAACGAGUGAGUCUCUUCAUCACUGCAGCCCAUGAGCUAGGUCACGCCCUGGGCCUCUAUCACUCCGACGUAGAGGGUGCCCUCAUGAGCCCCUAUCUCAUCCGGUUCCCCAGCUCCUUCCGUCUGCCCCAGGAUGACGUGAGGGGAAUCCAGGAGCUGUAUGGUGUGGACGAAAAGUACAAGGAGGACCCCUGGCCGUCCACCACCACAACCACCACUACCACCACACCCCGCCCUGCUGAAACGCCCCGCCCUCCACUGCGGCCCCCGAAGAGUGACAAGCCUGACACCUGCAACACAGAUUAUGAUGCCAUCUCUGUCAUCCGGCGGGAAAUAUACAUCUUCAAGGGCAAGUACUUCUGGCGCGUGGAUCCCCAAGGGAACCUGCUGCCCAACUACCCUGCUAAGAUCAACCGUUUCUGGUCCAAGCUACCGAAGAACCUCACCCACAUUGAUGCUGUGUAUGAGCGGAUGCUCGACGGAAAGAUUGUGUUCUUCAUAGGGGACAAGUACUACGUUUGUCGGGGAAACCAGGAGCUGCUGAAGGUGGGGCGCCUCAAAAACCUAGGGCUGCCGGCGACCCUCAAGAAGAUAGAUGCUGCGUUUGUGUGGGGCUACAAUGGAAGGACCUACUUGUUUGCUGAAACCAUGUACUGGAGGUUUGAUGAGACAAUUCAGCAUGUGGAGCUGGACUACCCCAGAGCAAUGGACAUGUGGCGUGGCGUCCCCUACAAUAUUGACUCCGCCUUCAAGCACAACGGCACCACUUACUUCUUCCAAGGCAAAAUGUUCUGGGAGUUUGAUGACUUCAGAAUGAGGGUGAAGCCAAAGUCGCCAGCCCUCUCAGCUCCCUUCUGGCUCGGCUGCCCCAACACCAAAAACCCUUACUACCCCAAGACCUCCUUAGAGACCCAUGCCACCGCCGCCGCUGCCGCCACCGCCACGCCCACCACAGGAACACCACAGCCUGCUAUACUCACCCUCCUUUUGUGUGCUGUGUGUCUAAUUUGCUGGGGUGUGGUGUAGUGAUGUUUUGUGUUUUUUUUUUGGGGUGGUUGUUUAUUUGUUUGUUUGUUGUUUUCAUUUCCCCGCUGUGUUCUCUUUGGUUUAGGGUUUGCUGCGUUUGUUUGUGUGUGUUUUUUUUUUUUUUUUCUUUUUACUUUUUUCUUUUGUUUUUUCUUUUGUUUUUUUCUUUUUUUUUUAUUUAUUUUCUUGAGUCUGUGUGUGUGUGUGUGUGUGUGUGAGUGAUUUCUUGGGUUGUGCUGUUAUUGUUCUUGUUCUUUCUUUUCUUGUUCUUGUUUCUUGCCUUUUUUUUUCUUUCUCCCUCUUGUUCUUGUCCCUGUUCUUCUAAUUCCUCUUAUUAUAAUUAUCACUGACAGAAUUUUUAACUUUCGUAUAUUGCAUCUGUUUACCUUUCUUUUCUUUUGGCUUUUCUAGUCCAAGUCAGAGAGAGAGAGAGAGAGAGAGAGAGAGAGAGAGAGAGAGAGAGAGAGAGAGAGAGUCAAUCAAUAAUACAAAAAAAAAAAGAAAAAAAAAUACUUCCGAGGUGCAUGUCCUAUACACAACAACCAGACAGCCUUAAUGAUGUGCCUGUAUGUAUAUUCAAUUCCCGCUAAUACGUAUAAUACAUUUUGCCCCGACUCUCAAGACACUUUACUGUAUAGCUGAGAACAUUUCGUUGCCUAUGUUGUGAUUUGUAUUAUGUAUCUUUCUGUGAAGGUAAGGCCUGUAUUCUGAAGUGCUCGGCUCUCACCACAACUGUUUUCAAAGGCCAUAGAGGUGAUAAGCCAGGUUUUCAAGAGUUUUCUCCUUGUGAUAAUGUAGAAAUGUUGUUAAUCUGUCACUAGAAUUGUAAAAACACUUAAAAACAGUCAAAUUCAGUCAAACAUGACUGUGUUUGAAAGCUACAGAGAUGAUUAGCCAAGUUUUCAAGGGUGUUUCUUCUGUUGAUAAUGUAGAAAUCUUGUUAAUUUUUCACUAGAAUCAUAGAAACACUUAAAAAACCUAUCUAGCUCCACCAUGACUGCAUUCCAAAGCUACAGAGAUGAUUAGCUGAGUUCUCAAAGGUGUUUUUCCUGAUGAUAAUGUAGAAAUCUUGUUAAUCUGUUCCUGGAAUUGUAAAAACACUCUUAAAAAACCUGUAUAACUCCACCAUGACUGUGUUUGAAAGCUAGAGAUGAUUAGCUGGGUUUUCAAAAGUGUUUUUCCUGAUGAUAAUGUAGAAAUCUUGUUAAUUUGUCACUAGAAUCAUAGAAACACCCUUAAAAAAACCUAUCUAACUUCACCUUGACAUUUUUUGAAAGCCACAGAGGUGAUUGGCUGGAUUCUCAAGAGUGUUUCUGCAGUUAAUCAUGUAGAAAUCUCAUUAAUUUGUCACCAGAACUGUAAAACACCCUUAAAAACCCAUGUCACUUCAUCAUGACUAUUUUCAAAGAGUGUUUCUCCUGUCAGUAAUGCAGAAAUCUCAUUAACCUAUCACUGCAACCAUAAAAGCACCCUUGAAAACCCAUGCAACUUCAACUAGAGCCUUUUUAAAUGUAGCAGAGGUGUGGCACAGAAGUGUUUCAGAAAUAUGGUCCUUGAUGCUACACACUGCCACACGUCACAUUCCCAUAUGGCCACACACGCGCUGGCUCACUGGUAACCUCUUCGCUUGGCUGCCUGAGGUUGGAGGUUCUCAAGGUUCGCAUCCCUCAUCUUUAAUUUUAGUGUCAGCUUCAGAAAGCCAGGAUUGUCUUGGCCACACUUUUGUUUGCCUCAUUCCCGGUGUGUGUGUGUGUUUGUUUGUUUGCUUGCCUUGAUGCUUACAGCAGGAGAGGAAUGCUGAUAUAAGGUGUAUUUAUUGUAGGUUUAGUUGUGUGUAUGUGGAAAUGGUGAUAGAGAUUAAAUACAUUGAUUGGGUUAUGUACGGAGUGAUUUAUGAAUGCUGUAGGGUCUUGUGUGUGUGUGUGUGUGUGUGUGUGUGUGUGUGUGUGUGUGUGGCAGGUAAGGACUCAGGGACAUGGUAACACUGGUAGACUGAUCCUCUCACUCACUCGCUCACUCACUCACUUGCUCACUCACUCAUUCACUCGCUAGUUGGUCUACGUGCUCCCUCCCGUCUUGUUCUGAAGCACACGGCAAACUAAUGUAAUCCUGCCCAAACCCUUGUGUGAUUAUAAGUUACUGAAUUAUCAAAAAGAAAGUUGAUCUGGUAUUUGACAAGCAUUAAUUUUGGCAGGAAUGAAGGAUGUUUACUACGUUUGAAAGCAAGAUAACAAUAUAUAGAUCAAUGAAUGAGAGAGAGAGAGAGAGAGAGCAUCAAU